ACGCACGUUCGCGCGACCGUUUGUACUGGCAAAAGCAGCCUUAUAGUAGUGUGUGCCACGACGAAGCUAUCCUGUCACAUAGCAGCACGGCAGUUUAUCCGAGAGCAGCAGCAACAGCAGCGUGUGCUAACGUCUACCAGACCGAUUCAUCCCGUAUAUCUCUUUCUUUCUCUUAACGAGGUUAAAACCCAAUCACAAUGUGUGACGACGAAGUUGCUGCGCUCGUAGUUGACAAUGGCUCCGGUAUGUGCAAAGCCGGUUUCGCCGGUGACGACGCACCCCGCGCCGUCUUCCCAUCCAUUGUCGGAAGGCCGCGUCACCAGGGCGUCAUGGUCGGUAUGGGCCAAAAAGACUCGUACGUAGGAGACGAGGCCCAAAGCAAGAGAGGUAUCCUCACCUUGAAAUACCCCAUCGAGCACGGUAUCGUCACCAACUGGGACGAUAUGGAGAAGAUCUGGCAUCAUACCUUCUACAAUGAACUUCGUGUUGCCCCCGAGGAGCACCCAGUUCUCUUGACCGAGGCUCCCCUCAACCCUAAAGCCAACCGUGAAAAGAUGACGCAAAUCAUGUUCGAGACCUUCAACACGCCCGCCAUGUACGUCGCCAUCCAGGCCGUGCUCUCGCUGUACGCCUCCGGUCGUACCACCGGUAUCGUGCUCGACUCCGGUGAUGGUGUCUCCCACACCGUCCCAAUCUACGAAGGUUAUGCUCUCCCUCACGCUAUCCUUCGUUUGGACUUGGCUGGUCGUGACUUGACCGACUACCUCAUGAAGAUCCUCACCGAGAGAGGCUACAGCUUCACCACCACCGCUGAGCGUGAAAUCGUACGUGACAUCAAGGAGAAACUCUGUUACGUUGCUUUGGACUUCGAGCAGGAGAUGGCCACUGCUGCUUCCUCGUCCAGUUUGGAAAAGAGCUAUGAGCUUCCCGAUGGACAGGUCAUCACCAUCGGCAAUGAGCGUUUCCGUUGCCCAGAGGCUCUCUUCCAGCCCUCGUUCUUGGGUAUGGAAGCUUGUGGUAUCCACGAGACUACCUACAACUCCAUCAUGAAGUGCGACGUCGACAUCCGUAAGGACUUGUACGCCAACACUGUCUUGUCUGGUGGCACCACCAUGUACCCAGGAAUCGCCGACAGAAUGCAAAAGGAAAUCACCGCUCUUGCCCCAUCGACCAUGAAGAUCAAGAUCAUUGCACCACCAGAGAGGAAAUACUCCGUCUGGAUCGGAGGCUCUAUUCUCGCUUCCCUCUCGACCUUCCAGCAGAUGUGGAUCUCCAAGCAAGAAUACGACGAGUCCGGUCCAUCAAUCGUCCACAGGAAGUGCUUCUAAAUGCUCGGCACCGAUCGGCAGCCGCAGCAGCGCGCACUUUCUAUUACUUCACACACAUUCUGCGUUAUUACGGAGACGAGGAACAGAA